AAAGAGGCGCGGGCUUCAAAAAGAUGGCACGCUUGCCACGGUGCCCCUCGUCCCUGGAGACGCAGUCUUGCAGCGACUCUUGUGACUCGCCUUUGUCUUUUACUACCUCCAUGGAGUGGGACACCCAGGUGGUGGCAGGGUCCUCCCCUCUAGGUCUGAGGACUGAGAUGGAGGGGUCACUCGUCGACCUGCGGCUACCUGCAUGGUUGGAACCCGAGAGGUGUGCCGUGUUCCAUUGCGCACGUUGCUACGCGGUGCUCGCCGACACCGUGCAUCUUGCUUGGGACCUGUCAAGGUCUCUCGGGGCCGUGGCGUUCUCCAGAGUCACGAACAAUGUCGAUUUGUUCGAACCCUGUCUGGUUGGCAUUGAAGGUUUUCUCAAAUGCAGCACAUACAACCGUCUGUUCUGUAAUUCCUGUCGGGUUCCUAUUGGUUUCCAUCUGUAUUCCACCCAUGCUGCUCUGGCUGCCUUGAGAGGCCACUUCUGCCUCUACUGUGAUAAAAUGCUGUGCUAUGUCUUGAAAACAAAGACCAUAGUAAAUGCAUCUGAGAUGGAUAUUAACAACCUGCCUCUCCAAGAAAAGGUUGCAGAGCUGAAAGAGAAGAUAAUACUAACACAUGCUCGUUUAAAUUCACUGACAAAGAUUCUGAAGGAAGUGACUCCUGAUCAGUCUAACCAAGGAAACUGAAGAUACAGCACUAAGGAUAAGAAGACUGCAGAUGUGGGGACACCGACUGUAGUUCCUGCCUUUGACAUACAGCCACGGAGAUCAGCAGCUCAACAUCAUCCUUGGCAAAAUUUUGAAUUGAGGUCAAUCUAAGCUUCAUGAGAACUUGUCCCAAAAUCCCUGCUUGCCCCGAAUGAUUAUUUUAGAGUACGCCUUUGAGCCUGUGACUUUCCCCAGCUCAUCAGCCUACUCUUACUUUGGGGAGUAUUUUUUCUUUAUUUUUUUCUUUCUUAAUAAAUUGUGACUGUGAUACUUUAAAA